CGCGCCGACCGCCAGUGAGGACGGGUGACUGUCGUUUGUUACAAUGCGAUAGAAAAAUAAACUAGUUUUGCUUCGGAACAACCGGCUAUUCUGUGCUUGUGGACAAAAACUGUUGUGAACGUGUUCGUUUUAUCGAUUAAACCGUUCUAUAUGAUCGGGAGACGUUGACUUGUGGAACAAAGGCUUAGUUUUAAGGUGAACGUACGUUGGAAUUCAAACAUAAGAUAGUAAAGCAAUUCGAGCGGAUGAGGCGCUCCGGCCCCCAACCAUGAAUUAGAUAUCGCUGACAACGAUAUCAAACGUAAGUUCCGGAGGUUUUCAUUAGCGGAUAUUGUCUGGAACAUUCUAGAUGGCUGAGGGAUGCCGGUUUCCUGAAGAUGGCCUCACGCACCCCGUCCCUUGAGUCGCUGCCCGGUGCCAACUCUAUAGGUUCGCUGGAGCGUGGCUCCUUAUCGCCCCUGACUUUGAGCGGUUCCUCGCCCCCUGCGAGCGACUCCGCCGUAUGUGACCUCCGCGAGUUCGACGGACUCGACACCACCUGCGCGAUCUGCCGAGAGACAUUCGUCGACCCCAAAGUACUCAACUGUUUCCACACAUUCUGCCGUGGGUGCCUAGAGAGAGAGCAGACCCACCCCGACAAAGUCACCUGCGUCACUUGUCGCGUGGACAGUCAACUGCCGCACGCCGGUGUGCCCGGACUGUUGACCAACCUCGUCAUCGCCGCUGCUGUAGAGCAGGACGCCGACCUCCUCCCCACAGCGCGCCAGACCAGCUCGCCGUCAGCCCGCUGCACCGGCUGCAAGUCCAAGGAAUCCGACGCCGUCGCGCGCUGUGUCGACUGCGCCAACUUCCUCUGCCCCAACUGCGUCAUGGCACACCAAUUCAUGCACUGCUUCGAAGGCCACCGCGUGCUCGCCUUCACAGACCUAAAAGACGAUAAAGGUAUGCUUGCAUCUGCGCUCUCCGCCAGCGGGGACAAGACCUCGUUCUGCCCCAGACACAAAAGCGAUAUCGUCAAAUACUUCUGCCGCACAUGCUCAGUGCCAGUAUGCAAAGAAUGUACAAUCAUCGAACAUCCUGCCGCCUUGCACGACUGCGAACAUCUAUCAGACGCUGGUCCUAAACAACUGGAACUAAUGCAACAGGCGGUCAAUGAAGCUAAAACCCGAGCAACAGAAAUAAGGCAUGUUGUUAAAACUGUCGAGCAUUCCGCGGGCAAAUUACAGGUACAAUACCACAAAGCUCAAAACGAAAUAAAUGACACUUUCCAAUUCUACCGCUCUAUGCUAGAAGAGCGCAAACAAGAGUUACUCAAAGAGCUCGAGAGUGUGUUCUCCACGAAACAAAUAGCCCUGACCGUGGUCGGGCAGAAGGCCCAAGAGACGGUUGAUAAAAUUUACCAGACGUGCGACUUCGUGGAGAGAUUGACAAAAUGUGCAAACAUUGCUGAGGUUCUGAUGUUCAGAAAAUUACUAGACACAAAACUGCAAUCCUUGAUGAGCACCAAUCCAGAACAGAGCGUCCAAACUGCGUGUGAACUUGAAUUCGUCUCAAACUACCAAGCGAUACAAGUCGGUGUGAGAAACACAUUUGGAUAUGUACGCUCCAGUUCUGAAGCGAACGUUGGACCCACUAAACAACCGCCUAUUGCGCGUCCAACAAAUGGCUCUCUUUUGAACGGCGGGUCGUCCUCGAGCAGUAGCAGCGUUAAUGGAAGUUCUGGGAGUCUGAACGGCGGAAUUCAUCUCCCCACAGGACUCAACGGCGUACUGGAUCGCCCCUAUUCUAAUGGAUUACUCGGCCCGGCUAGCCAAUCGACAUCUCCGUUCGAUUCGAACAUCAUAUCGAAGAGAUUUAAUAAUCCAAGUACCCUCGGCCCAUUCUCUACAGCCAUUGGAGACAUUAAUUUAAACGGAAUAAACCCUUACGAGAAAUGGUCGAAUGGUGGAUGCGAUUCCCUCUUCCCACCCGCGACCACAGAUCCCUAUUCGCUCACUAGUGCCGCACACUCUGAUCCCAUUCUCGACUUGACGAACAAAUUGAUUUCCACUGCCAUUUUCCCUCCAAAGUCUCAAAUAAAACGACAAAAGAUGAUUUAUCACUGCAAAUUUGGCGAAUUCGGUGUAAUGGAGGGCCAAUUUACAGAACCCAGCGGAGUUGCCGUCAAUGCUCAAAAUGAUAUCAUCGUUGCCGACACAAACAAUCAUAGAAUACAGAUAUUCGACAAAGAAGGGCGCUUCAAAUUUCAAUUCGGUGAAUGUGGAAAACGUGACGGUCAGCUCCUAUAUCCGAACAGAGUUGCCGUCGUGCGCACUUCGGGCGACAUCAUAGUGACGGAAAGAUCACCGACGCACCAGAUACAGAUUUACAACCAGUACGGUCAAUUUGUGAGGAAAUUCGGCGCGAACAUUCUGCAACAUCCGCGUGGAGUAACGGUGGACAACAAAGGGCGAAUCGUUGUCGUGGAAUGCAAAGUUAUGCGCGUCAUCAUCUUCGACCAAGUCGGCAACGUUCUACAGAAGUUCGGCUGCUCAAAACACCUCGAGUUCCCCAACGGAGUCGUGGUUAACGAUAAACAGGAGAUCUUCAUUAGUGACAAUCGUGCGCACUGUGUCAAAGUGUUCAACUACGAGGGUAUCUAUUUACGCCAGAUCGGCGGCGAGGGCGUCACCAACUAUCCCAUCGGCGUAGGGAUCAACGCCGCCGGAGAUAUUCUCAUUGCGGACAAUCACAACAACUUCAACCUGACGAUAUUCACGCAAGACGGGCAGCUGGUGUCGGCGCUAGAGAGCAAGGUGAAGCACGCGCAAUGCUUCGACGUGGCGCUGAUGGACGACGGCUCCGUCGUGCUGGCCAGCAAAGACUACAGGCUCUACAUCUAUCGCUACGUGCAAGUCCCGCCCAUAGGCAUGUGAGCCUCCCGAGCGGAUCACAGGAGAUCGGAAUGACCGACGAACUAUAAGCCAAAAAUCGACACUCAAAAGCGUAAAUAACUUCCUAAAACGAUAUUUGAACCGUGUCAAUUUGGAACUAGGUGAAGUGAUGACUCGAUGACAAACGGAACUAUAAGGUUUGGUGCGAGUGGUGCGAUGAUUGCGGCUGUCUCGAUGUGAUCGGUAACUCGACGGGACGGGGAAGUCUGUCGUGUCUCGGCGCGAAAUCCAAACGUAAUGUCUUAACGAAACUGUAAUGAGAUUAGUUGUAGUAUUGACAUUGUUAUAUGAGUACCUAUUUGAAGAGUAGAGAUUAUUCCGUUGGCUCGAUCCAGUAAAGCGAAAGGUUCUCGACCCUUAUCAUUUUUUAAUCUAUUGAAUAAUAUUUUUUCAUAUCCCACAUCGUUAAAUUAGGGAUGAAUAUUAAGGGCGUUUGUAUUAUUUAGCCCAUUUGUUGGACCAAUAUUUUAACUAUUAUUACUUAAAAAUUGUUAGGCGUUAAGCGUGUGAUUUUAUUGUAAUAAGAGAGCAUCGAGCGGUAUUGUUGUUAGUUGUAAGGAAAUUCUUCGGCACAAUGGCACUUCCUGUUUUUGAUUAGCACUUAUUCUGUGUCGAUGGAAACAUGAUUAUGAAACUAAGUAAGAAGUUGUUACAUUAUUAUUAGGUAAGUGUUAAAUUGAUUGAGCUAAUAUGGACAAUCUUUAGUUACUACCCCUUUUGAUGUAGUUACAAAAUUAUUAGGGAUAUGUGAUGUUAGGGGUUUUAUCAAUGACAAAGUUGACUGCGGCGUUCCUUAGGCAGGCUCAGCGAUAGUGCUACGACACUAAUCGUUGGGCGCGAAACCGAAUUACAUUCAGCAUCACGCGGGUGAUCGGAAAUGUUUUAACCCUCAAUCAGUUUCCACGAGUUUGAGUUACGCCGGUCUUUUGACUAAGAUAACCUUGAGUAUUAUAAAGCAUUUUAGACUAACGAAUAGCGAAGUUGUAGUUUUAUUCUCGGAUUAUCUCGACCGUUGACGUCAUUACCGCCUAGUCACUGAGAGCCCACGGAUACAUAAAUUCCUCGAUUACGUUGUUUAAUUUUAACAAUUAGAACUUUUGGUUGAUUAUAAUAAUAAUAAUUAAUAUUGUUCGUUUUUAUACAAAUCUUAAGUAAGUAUUUCAAUGUUUUUUUUUUUACUAGUAAUUGGACACUGUAGUGACUAGUAGAGCACUUUAGCAAAUGAUCGUCUCGCUAGGCUUUAUUACUGAUAUUUUUUUUCUGAGAUUCUAAGACGUUAGAGCACCGUGCGGUUUCGCUCGUUGUGUUUUGCUACUUAUUAGAGUAUUAUAGCUUGCUCGGUAUACAAAAUAAAUAUACAAUUUGUUAUUCUGGUAAGAUAUUUUUAUAUGGAAACAACUUUAUUUUUGUAGCAUUAGUAUUAUACGGUGCAUGUGUAACGUUUACUUUCUGUGUAUUUUAUGAAUAUUACGCUAUUAUUAUUAUUUUUUUAAUUACAUUACAGUGUGUUUGAGUGUGUUAGAAGAAUUAUUUUAGUUUGAUUUCAUUAGAUUUGAUUUUUUUUUUAGUUUUUAAUGAUUUAAGUAUUUUUUAUUUGCUGAAUCUAUAUGACAAUAAAGAGAUCUGACACGAUCCGUGAUUCGGGAUCGGAGAGAUCCUUUCUUAAUUAUCGAUCUGCAUAAGUUUAUCAUUUAGUUUAUGCGUUACAUUUUGGUGAUAUUCCUAUGCUCUUAAUUAAAGUAUCUCAUUUUUUAUAUAUUUAUACGGAACGUGUAUUGAAGCCACGUCAGUAGCGGCCGCAGCUGUCGGCGCCAUUUGUUCGUUUGCAAUACCUGCGUAACAUGUGCCAUAAAACCAUGUUGUGAUUUAUUAAGUGAUAUUUAGUGUUGUUUGUAAAUAUGUACCAUAAUCUGCUGAUUUAUUCAAUUUAAUCAUAAGUUAAUCAAACCGAUACUCUUCGAUAUUUUCACCGUUUAUAAUUGUUAGUGCAAGGUAAUUUCCGAUAACGAUUCAAUGAAAUUUAUCUAAUAAUGAUCUAUAAAUUUAUUGUAACUGUAUUUUUGACCUAACAUAAAUAGUAUCGUUUAUGUAGAGUCACUGAUUACUUGCGCUAGCCGUUGGACGUUUAAGAACUCUCUUAAUGAUUUAUAUUCUUUUGUAUUUUGCAACCUACGGUGCUUCAGAUUGCUCGUCGUACCGACUUGGCUUCGAUCGCAAAUAUAAUUCAUCAGUACAACCGUUAGAUUAGGUGAAGUAGAAUUUAUUGUCCAGUCCUUAGUAUCCAAAUUUCAGUGAUGAAUCGCCAAUGAUUUUAUGUAUAGACUGCCCUGUUCCUAGUAAAUUAUUGUCUUUCGUAAGAUCGGAUAAAACGUUGUAUUUCACUUAAUCUACUGUGAUAGUAAAUUUUUGUAAGCUGUGUAAUAGUUGAUUUUUUUUUGCCUUCGCAAUGUCUGCUUCACUUCAGAUUGUUUGGGUGAGAGUUGCGUUUAAGUCCAGUUUCAAUACGGAAAUGGUCGUACGAUUCUCAUCAGAUCGUGCGACGGUAGCGGCUUCAUCCCCCUCAGAAUCUGAUGUUACGCUUGAACCAUCGGGGCUGAUUACUUAGAAUUUACAACCCAAAAUGUCAUUCGUCAAAAUUUGCAAUGGUUUGAUUUGAACGAAUGGUACAAUUUUGGUCAAAACAUACGCUUCUACUUAACUGAAAACUUUCACCGUAUUAUAUUUAUAUUAAGUACCUAUAGUGUAGUGUAUCGAAAUUCUAUAUAAGGAUGUGCAAAUAUGACAACUGCUCCGUUCGUUUUUUAUUACCUGUAAUCCCAUUUAUUUUGUUUUUAUCGAUUAAUACAGUAAUUAGUUACUUGCCUGUGGGUAGGUGAGAGGUUUUCUGUAAAGUUUGUUUGAUUAUGUUCAUACGAUUACCUUUUUGCAUAAUAUGAUUAGUAGUAUGAGUUCUUUAUAUUAUGAAAAACAAUUCAUUCUUAAAAUUGCAUUUCUAAAUCUUGAUGACUGAUUAAAAUUGAAACAU